ACCGAUGCCCACCCCUAAUUUCGGGUGAUUUUUAGGAAAUGUUGUUUUCCUUGGAUUUUGAAGGCGACGGAUCACAAAUUCGUCUUAGGGUACUCUCUACCAAUGAUGAAGUCUACUAAUCGCCGAUUUGGGCAGAAAUUUGGUCGAACUUUUUCGGGGGGCAUUUUCGUAUUUUUUUGGCGAUAUUCGAAAAGCCGUUUUGCUUGAAUUUUGAAGGCUACGGAUCACGAAUUCGGCCUGAGGCUAUUCUUUAGGGAUGAAUAAGUCUAUUAAACACCGAUUCAGGCAGAAUAUUUCCGGGGCCAUUUUUGGCAGAUUCCAAAGGGGGUCCAUCACCGAUUUCGUGCGAUUUUUUGGAAAUGCCGUUUUCCUUGGAUUUUGAAGGCGACGGAUCUCAAAUUCGUACUUAGGGUACUCUCUACCAAUGAUGAAGUCUACUAAUCGCCGAUUUGGGCAGAAAUUUGGUCGAACUUUUUCGGGGGGGGGGGGGGGGGGGGGGGGGGGGGGCAUUUUCGUAAUUUUUUGGCGAUAUUUUCUAAAGGUCGUUUUGCUUGGAUUUUGAAGGUUACGGAUCACGAAUUCAUCCUGAAGCUAUUCUUUAGGGAUGAAUAAGUCUAUUAAACACCGAUUCGGGCGGAAUAUUUUUGGUGCCAUUUUUGGCAGAUUCCAAAGGGGGCACCAUCACCGAUUUCGGGCGAUUUUUUGGAAAUGCCGUUUUCCUUGGAUUUUGAAGGCGACGGAUUACAUAUUCGUCCUUAGGGUACUCUCUACCAAUGAUGAAGUCUACUAAUCGCCGAUUUGAGUAGAAAUUUGGUCGAACUUUUUCGUGGGGCAUUUUCGUAAUUUUUCUGCGAUAUUUUCAAAAGGCUGUUUUGCUUGGAUUUUGAAGGCUACGGAUCACGAAUUCAGCCUGAGGCAAUUCUUUAUGGAUGAAUAAGUCUAUAAAACACCGAUUCGGGCGGAAUAUUUCCAUGGCCAUUUUUGGCAGAUUCCAAAAUGGGUACCAUCACCGAUUUCAGGCGAUUUUUUGGAAAUGCCGUUUUCCUUGGAUUUUGAAGGCGACGGAUCACAGAUUCGUCCUAGGGUACUCUCUACCAAUGAUGAAGUCUACUAAUCGCCGAUUUGGGCAGAAAUUUGGUCGAACUUUUUCCGAGGCAUUUUCGUAAUUUUUCGGUGAUAUUUUCGUUCAUUUACCGGCCCAAAAAAUAGAAAGAACGACAAAAAAAACUGUGGGGCUAGAAAACAGUCGGCCCAGAAAAGUAAGAACCCAAGAGAGUGGGCCGAUAGGCCCAACUCGAUCAUUUACCGGCCCAUAAAAGGGGGGGGGGGGGGGGGGGGGGGGAUCCUAUCAUUGGUAUAGUUCGUUCGCCGCUCCUCUAAUAUAUUAUCCACACAAAGUCAGAAUCAGAGCGUCCGAACCUUGUUGUCUCUACUACUCAACUGCUUUACGGUUAACAACAUCCUUUGUAUCACAAACAAUGGCGGCAGCUCUGAAGACAACGCUGUCGCUCUUCUCAGUUCACGACCCUCUAGCUCUUCCUUCCUCCUCCCGCUCUUCAAAUAUUCAGUCCACUUCCAGGCCACUUCAUUCGCCUCCGCCAAUUAAACACUCCUCUACCGGUUUCGUUUCCAUUCGCCGGAGUGGCCCAAUCAUUCCUCUCACAGUAGCCAAUCUCCCUACAUGGCAACACCUUCGCCGGAAUCCGCUCUGUUUAGUGCAAGAAGCGGCAGUGGAGACCGAGACCGAGACUGGCACUGAAUCAGAGCAAACCCAGGCGGUGAACCAGAAGAGAAAGCUAUUCGUGCUCAAUUUGCCCUGGUCCCUAUCUGUUGUGGACAUAAAAGAGCUCUUCGGCCAGUGCGGGACUGUAGCGGAUGUCGAGAUUAUAAAGCGAGCCAAUGGAAAGAGCAAAGGUUAUGUUUUUGUAACAAUGGCUUCUGGAGAGGAAGCUCAGGCUGUUGUAGAUAAAUUUCACUCUCAGGAAGUGUCUGGGAGAAUUGUGACAGUGGAAUUUGCUAAUGGACUUAAGAGGAAGCUCUCUCCAACGGAGCCCCUUACUACUAAAGAGACAUCUCACAAGCUUUAUGUGUCAAACCUGGCCUGGAAAGUCAGAGGCAGCCAUCUCAGAGAACUUUUCUCACCUGAGUUUAAUCCGGUUUCAAGUCGAGUUGUUUUUCAAAGUAAUCCAGGAGGAAAAUCAGCUGGAUAUGGGUUUGUCUCGUUUGCUUCAAGGGAAGAGGCAGAGGAUGCAAUCUCAGCUAUGGAUGGCAAGGAGCUCAUGGGUCGCGCUAUUCGACUGAAAUUCAGCAAUCCCAAAACAGCUGAUGAGUCAGGAAGCGAAAAGCAAGAGACGGAGAGCUUGGAGGAGCAACCAGAGACGGAGAGCUUGGAGGAGCAACCGGAGACGGAGAACUUGAAGGAGCAACCUGCAGAUAUAGUAUGAAUAUGGUUGCCCAUUUUAAUCUUUGGCAGCAAGACAGAAUUUUGAUGCAGUGGCCAUGUGUGGAAAGGAUUCAAGGCUUUUCUGUACACCCUUGCUCCCAUUUUCUCUUUUACAUGGUGAGUUGUCCAAGCUAACACCUACAGUUCCACUCUUCUUUUCAUCCUGCUGUUGAUAAACUUGACCACAUAAGAAGAAUGUACUUACUGCAUGAGUGGUGUAGAUGUCAUGUGCUUGUCGUAAACCUUCCACUGGUUUUCUCAUGAUGUUCAUUUUUCUUUUCAUAACCAUGUAGGAACACAUUCGUCUGAGUUGAUAGAUUCUGCACGACGAAAUGGCAUUUUUACGAUCGUGCAUUGCUGAAUGCCUUCACCUAAAUGUUUUAUAUAUAUAAGGGGCAUUCACCUAAAUGUAUUAUAGUAUCGAUUUAGGCGUGUAUACUGUAGCUUGCAGUAAGGGGGACUUGCUUCUUCUGCUGUUGCAUCCUUUUGUUUGAAUAUUACAUUCUCUAUGAGUUGUUCCCGGCAAAGAAACGACCAUUGAAGCUGUAUAAUUCCUCUGAGUACAGCAAUGAAGAGAAAGGCAACCAACAAGUCUAGAAUAUUAAUGGAUAGAUGGUUCAAAUUGCAGGCUGUAGACUGUAGUAUUGGAAUGGUUAAAGACCAGAGAAUGUGGAAAUAAGGUGAAGGGGAUAGCUUAUGGUUUUUUCUGGACGGACACAGAAAAAAAGAGAGGAUGUUGCUUAUUACUGUGAUCACACAUGCAAAUGAACAGUUCAAACUUCAAACUGCAGAGGUUGUGCAUGUGACUGCAACUAAUUCAAAACGAUGCCAUACCAUGCUUCUUCAGGCAGAUUGGAAAACAGCUUGCAGCUCGGAGGUAGUGUGUUCGGUCCCUUAAGCCCGCCGCAAUACUGCAGAAGAGCCAAAGCACAAGAAGCCAUGAGAUAUGAGAGUUAUGAUUAACAACCAGACUUGAGUUUUGCGUCUCUUGGCGUAAGGCAAAUGCAAAGUUAGUACCCACAUCAGAAAGGUAUCUUAGCAUAAGCAGGUUAGUAUUAAACCUUUCACUAAUGACCUAACGAACUUUAGAACACAAGCAUUACUCAAUCACUUCAGUGCUGCAAUAUCACUUCCGCGUGGAUUACAAGUGUGUGGAGGAUAGGUUUCAAUUUUCAUACCGAUUCAACUCAUCCCAACUGGCCGUCAACAGGGCCGUAGUAAUCUUUCACAAACAUGGAACCGUAAGGCAGUGCAGAAAAUUCAGUCUCUAACUUACUGAUUUUGACUACAUCGUUCUAACUGCUUGCGACAAAGAAUUUUUUUUUUUUAGUCAUUUGUACCAAGAGGCCAUUGCAUUGCUUACUGCUUGCGAGAAAGAAAAAUGUGAACAUAUUCCUAUCUUUUUUGAGAAUAGAACAACCUAAAAACACAAACAAAUGUUAGCUAACUAGCUAAAACAAAUAAAUUAGUCAAUAACUAACUAUAUCAAUUCAACUAGCUAAUUGUACAAGAUAUUAAUCACACUACGAGCUAAACGACAAAAGAAGAUCACGCCCUACUUCUUCAACUUCAAGCAAAUUGUAAUUCAAAAGGAAGCAUGUGGAAGCCUAGGAUUCGAUACCCACAAGCAGCACCAUUUCAAUCCUCUCAUUGACUUGGGUGAAUGGUUGGGGAGGGAUGCGAGAGGAGAAUGUAUGCUUUCUAUGUAAUGUGGAAGAAUAAGGAGACUUACCAUUUCUAAUUAACAGCCAACCAUCUU